UCCCGGAGGUAAACUACGGGGAGGGGGGGGAGGAAGGAGGGGACCGCGGCCGGCGGCGGCGAUGAGACUGCUGCGGAGGCGAGCGCCCGUCUGGGGUCUGCUUUUCGUCCUGUGCCAGCUGGGCCCGGCGGCGCAGGCGGUGGAGCCCAUCAGCUUGGGCCUGGCCCUGGCCGGCGCCGCGGCCUCGGCCCUCACCGGCUUCAUCUCCUACCCGCGGCUGUACUGUUACUUCACCGAGUGCUGCCUGCAGAGGCCCGGGGCGCGGGCAGGGUCAGUGCUUGAGCAGGAGUUGGACAGGAAGCUCUUUGGACAGCACCUGGUGAAAAAGGUGGUUGUGAAAGCCGUCACUGGCUUUUUGAACAACGCAAAUCCAAAGAAGCCUCUGACCCUCUCCUUGCAUGGUUGGACGGGCACGGGCAAGAACUUUGUCAGCAAGAUCAUUGCAGAGAGCAUCUACGAAGGAGGCCUCAACAGCAGAUAUGUCCAUCACUUCGUCUCCACUUUGCAUUUUCCUCACCGGCAAAACAUCACCCAAUACAAGGACCAGCUGCAGAUGUGGGUUAGGGGCAACGUGAGUGCCUGCGCGAGGUCGAUCUUCGUCUUUGAUGAGAUGGAUAAAAUGCACGCCGGACUCAUUGACUCCAUCAAACCUUUCCUGGACUAUUACGAGCAGCUGGAUGGUGUGUCUUAUCGGAAAGCCAUCUUCAUCUUCCUCAGCAAUGCUGGGGCUGAAAAAAUAACCGAAGUGGCACUGGACUUUUGGAGGAGUGGAAAGAGACGGGAGGAGCUGGGACUGCAAGACCUGGAGCCUUCGGUGUCCGUGUCCGUCUUCAAUAACAAAAACAGUGGCUUUUGGCACAGCAGCCUGAUAGACAGAAACCUCAUCGAUUACUUCAUCCCUUUCCUUCCCCUGGAGUACAAGCACGUGAAAAUGUGUGUCAGGGUUGAACUUGAGUCUCGGGGCUACGAGGUGGAUGAGGAAAUUGUGACCCAGGUAGCGGAUGAGAUGACCUACUUCCCAAAGGAGGAGAGGAUCUAUUCCGAUAAAGGAUGCAAAACUGUGUACACAAAGUUGGAUUUUUACCUGUGAUAUUUUUAUGAUCUCGUCCUCAAUGAAGAAAAUGAGCCCAAUCACAGAAUUUGAAGGAUUUCCCCCCACUGUUUAAAAAGGGUUUAAAAUAAUGAAAAUAGACAAUAAUGUUCAUUCUUAUUUUGAGCAGGGGGAGAAAGAGCAGGACCCUGAUUCCAAAAUAACCUCAGCCUUGUGGCCUCAAGAACGGUCUGUGUCUCAUCCACACAUUCCUGAGCAUUGUCUUAGCUGUGCCUGUAUCCUGUGAAGCCGUUUGGACUGUUGCUUUAUUAGAGCAGUCACUGGCCCGCUAGGCUGCUGCCUCAUUAUGAUUGGGCAUCCAGCUAUGAGGAAGCAGAGGCAUUCUGUCCUGGUGGCUUAAAACAAGAAUGGUGUCAUUCUUCUCAAGAAAUGAAGGCGGUGUUCUUCAGCUUAUUAGACCCGUGGGGUGUUUUUAUUUGAAACCGGACGUUGGACCAAUAUUUGAACACAGUAACCAUCCGCAGUAAUGGACCAGUAGAUUCCAAGCUGCUGCAGAAUGGCUGGGGAGUCCCUUUGGGUUUGAUCAAAGCACACAUCAGGAGCCCCUUGCUAGCAGAAUGCACACAAGCAUGUAGAAUGCCCACUACUGGCAAUCUUGAGCCCCCUGCCUCCGGUGUACAGGUGACGAAACUCCUGGAUGCUUUCUGGAAUGCAUCCCUUGCUUAAUGCAGCAGGGAGACCUAGCCAGGACCCUAAUCUGAACUGGGAUGACUCUUCCAGAAUCCUUUGCCGCGCACAGUGGCCCUGUGGGAGGCAGGCAGGCAGGGGCUUCUCUUCAGAUCCAGUUCCUGGAGCUGGAAUACUUAAAACCCCCACUUUAAAACCACAGAAUCCUGCUUGAGGAUUUUAAUAACGAAGCCAAGCGAUUACAUUCCACUAGCAUUUCAAGCACGGAUUGUGAAGACUUUCCCUCUGUAAUGGAUCAGAGGGGGCUAAUGGAAGUCGUGGCCUCCUCUCCUGUGGGAUUCCAGGCUGGCCGUUGCUGGGUGUGGUUCAUGUCUGCCUCGUGUUUCCUGCUCGAGAGAAAUAGGGGCAGGGGGGUGGGGGAGCUGGAUGACUUUUAGGAGAACUUGGAGCGAUUUGGGGAGGAUUUGCACUUCUUUUCCAGUUGGUGGCAACAGUCUGGCGGGGCUGGGGGCCGCCCCAAGCAGCAAACCCACGCGGGAUCUUUCCAUAAGGCUGCCUGGCAGAUGGGCCUUGCCCAGGAUUGCCAGCUGUGGGUUGGAAUAUACCUGGAGAUUUUAGGGGUUGA